AUGAUCAUUGAAGGCGAACUCCCGCUGGACCUGAGGCCACCGCCGCGCUUGUACAUCCAGCAUUACCUCCGCGAACAGGAGUACCAGCACGAAGACAGCUACGUGUCCGUGGACGAGGAGCCGCCCGACCUGCCGCCGCCCUCCAGCGACUCCGAGCGCUACGACGCCCCCAGCCCCGGCGACGCGAAACAGGACUCGCCCAAGAAGCCCAAACAGAAGUCCUCCUCGCAGCUGAUCAAGCCGCCGUACUCCUACAUAGCCCUGAUCACGAUGGCGAUACUCCAGUCGCCGCACAAGAAGCUCACGCUGAGCGGCAUCUGCGAGUUCAUAAUGACCCGCUUCCCCUACUACCGCGAGAAGUUCCCCGCGUGGCAGAACUCUAUACGGCACAACCUCAGCCUGAACGAUUGCUUCAUCAAGAUCCCCCGCGAGCCGGGCAACCCGGGCAAGGGCAACUACUGGACGCUGGACCCGCUGGCCGAGGACAUGUUCGACAACGGCAGCUUUCUGCGGCGCCGCAAGAGGUACAAGAGGCCGACGCCGUCGCUGCAGCACGCGCACGCGGUGGUCGCGAUGCUCGCGCGGGAGGCGUACGCGCCUCUCCUGCCUUUGCCGUGCUACUUGCCGCCGGCGCCACUGCUCUCGCUGCCUCGGCCACCGCCGGCUGCUCUGCGGCCGGUGCCUCUGCCGCCUCGGAUGGCGGAGAUGACUGAGCCGAGGGGCAAGCGUUCCCGCAACGGCUUCUCGAUCGAGUCGAUAAUCGGCAGCCAGGAGGACGCCGCCGCGCCGGAGCCGCACCGCAGCGCCUUCUCGCCCCUCCACCACGCCAGCUCGCCGCCGGACGACUGGGCCAGG